AUGGACUUUGCCUUUGCGACCGUCGCCUUCAACGGCGGAACCUCUCAAGACCAUUCAAGCCACAACUCGUCUACAAACUCCAGCGAACAACCCACACGAUCCUCCGAAAACGCGGCGGACGUCAUGGAGCGACGAGAGCCCCGCAGAGUUGCGUCGUCCGUGUACUCGCGCUCUUUCAACCAUGAGACCGCAUCGACGUACUGGUCUGCGGAAGGGCCACCUGCCAUCAAUCAGAGACUCACUCAGCGACAGCAGUCAGCGGCGGAGCUAACCUCACCACGUGUCGCUCCGAGGAUGAUCAACCCUGCUACGCAUCCGGCUCCUGGCGGUGACUUUCGCGAGGAGCAAGCGCAGAUUGAUGAUAUGAUCCAAUCGCUUGCGCACGACGACGACCAUGAGGGCGAUGUCAACGCCUUUCUUCAAGAACAUCACGAUCAUGAGCACGACCAAAGCGCUGACCUUCACAGCCCCAUGAUCUCCACUCCAGAGACCGCCACGCAGGGUCGCCGCGAUUUCAGCGACCGCUCACUCAAGUCGCUCGUCUCCGCAAAGGCAACCCUUGAAUUACUCGAGAACAUUGUUCGUGUCACAUGGAAUGGCAACCUGCAAGAGAAGCUAUGCGAAGUGGCUCUCGCCAUCCACAAAGAUCUUCGUGGCUGCUUUCACAAGAAUCCAGUCACCUACGAGACUGCGACCCGUGUCACUCACCUCGUAACGGAAAUCAACAAGAUUAUAGAGUCUUGGAGGGUGCAGAUGAGAGCGCUCGAGCACGCCAUUGGGCUGAUAGAUGUAAAACGCGACACACCUAACUUCAUGGAACUCCACAAAGAUCUUCAUGGCACCGAGAUCAAGAAGUUCCGAUUGAUGCUCUCGCCUAUCCCGACUCAAAUGGGAGCAGAAUACAAUUUGAAAAUUGCGAGUCUCACGUACAAGCUUUUUGUUGACGAAGUUCGAGCGCCAUUCCAGCAGGCCAUGGACGGCAACAGAAACCCAUCUCCUGCCGAAAAGAUCAUAACGAGCUAUUUCAACCAGCUGGAAAGACAGUUCAUUGAAGCCCGGGAGACGGCUGAGCGGCUGCAGUCGUCGACCCUCGCCUGUUGGGAGCAGUGGACCGAGAUGAGUCAAGAGAUUGCUCGGCAAGCGGCGCUGAUGCAGUCCAACAGCCCGGCCGCCGUAGCUCUGCGUGCAAAGGGUGCAGUGUCCCGUGUAUUCCACCAAGGCAUGCAUCGCUCGCAGACAAAGAAGACAUCUCAUACUCCUCGCAGUGCUAGCGGUCGUGUCCAGAUAUCGCAACCGCUCGCACGUAUUGAGCCUCGUCCGGGCGCGGUUCGCGAUACAGUAGUCAUCAUUCCGGUUCACCCAUUGGAUGCCUGCCGUGAGCUCGACGCUGCCGAACUGCGUCGCAUCCGCCAGAAAAUUGCGUCGGACCCGUCUACGCCUCGCACUCCGCGUGAGCGCACCCACGAGCUUGCUGAGACUUCCAACCACCCAAGUCCGGCCUCACCUCGCGUCCAGGACGACCUUAGCACUAAGCUCACCCGUUCUACACACAAUCAACCAGAGUACGGUCAUCCUGCAUAUAGCCGCUGCGAUGAUGGAGAAAUGGAAUACGACGACCCGUUCGUGCACUUCGACGAGGUGGCCGACCGCCAGGCAGCCCAUGAGACGCUAGAGUAUUACCAUCACCAGCCAGAUGCUCCCUCGCUCAGUGACCAGUUCACCUACCAUUCCAACCCCUUCACCCGUUCCCGCACCAGCUCUUUCUCCGAUGAGUCUCGCGAGAACCCCUACGUCGAGAAUGACGACCGCAACAAGAACCCCAAUGCAAAGUUCUUCGCCAACUUCUCCCAGUUCGCCGCGGACCACCAGAGCCGCAUCGCCGCCGCCGAUGAAGACAAGAAUCUCCACGAUGACGGCUUCCGCUCCCGCCACCACCACCACCGUCGCCGCGCCUCGUCGCAGCCGGCCCGUCCGCUCAUCGAAGGCGCGCCGUACUUUGACAUCCUGACGGCCUUCUACAAGAUGGACCCGGAGAAGCCGGACGCGGAGCUCGACCCGGAGCUGAACGAGGUGUGGCACCGGGCCAUGGCGCUGCGGCGCCUCGAGGGCGGCCCGCCCGCCGAGCGGUACGGCUUCUUCAAGCCGACGCCGGCGAUGCGCGCGGUGCAGAAGAACUACGAGCGCAAGGCCGAGCGCGACAUCCAGGAGCACGAAAAGGCGAGGCGCGACAUGGAGGCGCUGCGCCACGAGGAGAACGUGCUGAAGAAGGAGAUCGAUGAUAUCCAUAGAUUGAGGGCGCAGAAGGAGCAGAUGCUGAGGGGCUUCGGCGGCGGCGGUGGUGGUGGUGGUGCUGCUGCCGUCACUGAACAGGUUCACGAAAAGGUGGCGCUCCGGAAGAGCGCGAGCGUUGCUGGAUCCUCUGGCACCUCGGGCCACACGAAAUUGCUAAGAAAGAGCGUGAGCGUCAGCGGCCAUUCUGGGCCGUCCAGGGGCGUCUCGCGUCAGUCUGACAACAAUGCCUUCGUUGGCGCCGCUGGAGGUGGUGGCGUGUACGGCCAAUCUCAGCCUUACAGCAGUGAGCAUGUUCGUUCCGAGCAGUAUCAGCAGCAACAGCUGCUGCUACAACCGCAGCAAGCGCCGCUGGAGAGGUUCAGUGGCGUCUUCCGCGACUCGGAGGGUCUCCUAGUCGAGGGUAAUAUGCGCGACGGAUACCGCUAUGUUGAAAGCUACGGAACCGGAGAAGAAAGCCUCUUCAACCAUUACGCACGCCUUGACAGCAUCGGCUACCAUGAUGACGAGCACGACCAGAAUGGCAAUGAUGGAUACGGAAACGAGUACGCCUAUGGUGGCAACGAGGGAGGCGGUUACGGAUACAGAGAGUCUCUCGACCCUCUGUUUCAGCCUAGGACGUUCCAGGAUUUCGACGACUCCGACUUGUUUGUCGACAGUGAUCCGGAGAUGUACGGUUCGGAUGAAGAAGAACCUUGGCGUAGGAUCUAG